AUGGGGCAGCAGCCUGGAAAAGUUCUUGGGGACCAGAGAAGGCCAAGUCUGCCUGCCCUGCAUUUUAUCAAAGGAGCAGGGAAGAAAGAAUCAUCUAGGCAUGGAGGCCCACACUGCAAUGUCUUCGUGGAACAUGAAGCCCUUCAGAGGCCAGUAGUAUCAGAUUUUGAACCCCAGGGUCUGAGUGAAGCGGCCCGUUGGAACUCCAAGGAAAAUCUCCUGUCUGGUCCUGGUGAAAAUGACCCCAAUCUUUUUGUUGCACUGUAUGAUUUUGUGGCGAGUGGAGACAACACUCUCAGCAUAACUAAAGGUGAAAAGCUCCGUGUCUUGGGCUACAAUCAUAACGGGGAAUGGUGUGAGGCCCAAACGAAGAAUGGGCAGGGCUGGGUGCCAAGUAACUACAUCACCCCAGUGAAUAGUUUGGAGAAACAUUCCUGGUACCAUGGACCAGUGUCACGCAAUGCCGCUGAGUACCUCCUGAGCAGCGGAAUCAAUGGCAGCUUUCUGGUGCGCGAGAGCGAGAGCAGCCCAGGACAAAGGUCUAUAUCACUAAGAUAUGAGGGAAGGGUGUACCACUACAGGAUAAACACUGCUUCUGAUGGAAAGCUGUAUGUCUCCUCAGAGAGCCGCUUCAACACUUUGGCAGAGUUGGUCCAUCACCAUUCAACUGUAGCAGACGGGCUCAUCACCACUCUACACUACCCAGCACCCAAACGCAACAAGCCCACUAUCUAUGGAGUGUCGCCAAACUAUGACAAGUGGGAGAUUGAGCGAACUGACAUCACCAUGAAGCACAAACUUGGAGGUGGCCAGUAUGGAGAAGUUUAUGAAGGAGUCUGGAAGAAAUAUAACCUUACAGUGGCUGUGAAAACAUUAAAGGAGGACACCAUGGAGGUAGAGGAGUUCUUAAAAGAAGCUGCAGUAAUGAAAGAGAUCAAGCAUCCUAACUUAGUGCAAUUAUUAGGCGUGUGUACACGGGAACCUCCAUUCUACAUCAUCACAGAGUUCAUGACUUAUGGGAAUCUGUUGGAUUAUCUGCGUGAGUGUAACCGGCAAGAGGUAAAUGCUGUGGUGCUGUUGUACAUGGCAACUCAGAUCUCCUCAGCCAUGGAAUACCUGGAGAAGAAGAACUUCAUUCACAGGGAUCUUGCAGCCAGAAACUGCCUUGUAGGGGAGAACCACUUAGUGAAGGUGGCAGAUUUUGGUCUGAGUAGGCUGAUGACGGGUGAUACAUAUACUGCUCAUGCUGGAGCCAAGUUCCCAAUCAAGUGGACUGCACCAGAAAGUCUGGCUUACAACAAAUUCUCCAUUAAGUCUGAUGUCUGGGCCUUUGGUGUCCUGCUAUGGGAAAUCGCAACGUACGGCAUGUCCCCUUACCCUGGAAUUGACCUGUCUCAGGUGUAUGAACUGUUGGAGAAAGACUAUCGCAUGGAGCGACCUGAAGGUUGUCCUGAGAAAGUCUAUGAGCUCAUGAGAGCAUGCUGGCAGUGGAGCCCUUCCGAUAGGCCCUCGUUUGCUGAAAUCCACCAAGCAUUUGAAACGAUGUUUCAAGAAUCCAGCAUAUCAGACGAGGUGGAGAAGGAGUUGGGGAAAAAGGGAAUGAGAAGCGUAAUGGGUGCCGUCCUCCAGGCUCCAGAACUGCCGACCAAAACCAGAUCGUUCAGGAGAGCUGCUGAAAGCAAAGAUGCCAGUGAGAGUGUGGAGAUGGGGCACCCCAAAGGACAGGCGGAAAGUGACCCUCCGGAGCACGAACCUGCUGUUUCUCCCUUGCUCCCGCGGAAGGAAAGAAUUGCCCUGGAGAGCAGUUUAAACGAAGAUGAGCGGUUGCUUCCAAAAGACAAAAAGACCAACCUCUUCAGUGCCCUUAUCAAGAAGAAGAAGAAGACGGCCCCUGCCCCUCCGAAACGGAGCAGCUCCUUCCGGGAGAUGGACGGCCCCUCGGACCGCAAGGGUGGGGGCGAGGAUGAAAGCAGGGAUGCCAGCAAUGGAGCCUUCAUCGCACCCACUGCAGACGCCAUCGAGGCCUCCAAGUGCCAAGGCCCGAGCAAUGGGGCUGGUGUCACUAACGGAGCUAUCGCUGGGAACUCGGUCUUUUUGUCCCCCCACCUGUGGAAGAAAACCAGCAGCAUGACGGGCAGCCGGCCGGCAACGGGGGAAGAGGAGUGUAGUUCUAAUGCCAGCAAGCGCUUCCUGAGGUCCUGCUCAGCAUCCUGCAUGCCCCAUGGAGCCAAGGACACGGAGUGGAGAUCCGUGACGCUGCCCAGGGAUUUGCAGUCCACGGGGCGGCAGUUUGAUUCCUCCACCUUUGGCGGGCACAGGAGCGAAAAGCCAGCCCUGCCACGGAAGCGGGCGAAUGAAAACAAGGCGGAUCUUGCCGUCAGGGGGACGGUGACGCCCCCUCCACGGCUGCUGAAGAAAAACGAAGAGGCAACUGACGAUGUGUUCAAAGACCCAGAAUCCAGCCCUGGCUCCAGCCCGCCCUCUCUGACACCAAAACUUGUCCGCAGGCAACCUGUGAGCACUCCUUCCUCCAGCCAGGCCCACAAGGACGAUGGCAGCAAAGCCAGUGCCUUAGGUUCCACUGUGCAGCCAGAGCAAGGUCCUGCUGUCAGACCCAGCCCUGCUGGGGUUGUGGGUGUGAGCAAGGCUUCCACCGAGGAGCCAAGGCUCAGGCGGCUCAAGCAGACUUCCGAGUCAUCGGGGAAGGACAAGGGGAAGGUGUCAAAACUGAAACCGGCCCCUCCACCUCCCCUCUCCUCAGCUUCCAUUGGGAAGCCUGGAAAACCAUCCCACAACCCCACCCAUGAUGCAGCAGCAGAGGCAGGGGCUGGUACUAAAUCUAAACUGUUGACUCAGGUUGCAGACCCCACUAGCAGUGAUGCCGCCAAGGCAAACCAGCUAGGGGAAGGGGCAAAAAAGCCUGUGAUCCCCUCCGUACCAAAGCCACAGUCCUCCACGAAGCUGCUGCUGACCACUGCCGCCCCAGCCCCCUCUUCUGCACCUGCACCAUCUGCCCCAAGCGGGGACCAGCUGACCUCCACAGCCUUCAUCCCCCUCAUCACCACCAGAGUCUCCUUGCGCAAAACCCGCCAGCCUCCAGAGAGGAUAGCCAGUGGCACCAUCACCAAGGGUGUGGUACUAGAAAGCACCGAGGCCCUGCGCAUCGCCAUCAGCAAGAACUCUGAACAAAUGGCAAGCCACAGCGCCGUUCUGGAGGCCGGCAAAAACCUCUACACGUUCUGCGUGAGCUACGUGGACUCCAUCCAGCAGAUGCGGAACAAAUUUGCCUUCCGCGAGGCCAUCAACAAGCUGGAAAACAACCUUCGGGAGCUCCAGAUCUGUCCAGCCACUGCUAGCAGCGGCCCUGCGGCCACGCAGGACUUUAGCAAACUUCUCAGCUCAGUGAAAGAAAUCAGCGAUAUUGUUCAGAGGUAGCAGGAGCCAAGAAAUGCUUCUCUCUCUCUCUCUCUCUCUCUCUCUCUCUCUCUCUUCUAUAACGGACCAAAGCCAACUGCAAAGAGGACAGCUGAAGCGCAAUGGCAAACUGACAGAGAACCCAGGGGCCUUCAGUACACGGAUGUGCAAAAGGCCCAGCCCUACUGCCUCAAGUCGGGUGUUCCCCAAGGUGCACUUUUCUGCCGUUCACCGACGUGCCCUGCAUCUCUCCUACUCAGAACCCUCUGCUCUGUGGAGUUCUUGCCCUGUGGACUACAGGGCUAAAUGUGGAGAUCACCACAGGCCUUUUUCUAGUGUUUUAUUCUUUUGGACAGAGCUUUAGGUGGAACCCGGACUGAUGGCUGUUAAUAUUUUGCCUUCCUCCCUGGAGAAUUCUUGUUGCAGUUUCAUUCCCUCCCCUGCCCCCAUUGUGCAUGAGGAUGAGUGUGUAAAUAGCAAGAUAUGCCCGGCUUUCCUGGGGGCACAACGUCCCCUCCCCCACGGACAACGUCCCUGACACUAGCCCCACAGAUUUGGGGGUAGGGAGAGUUAAUGAAACGGACCGUUCUGAGAUAUGUUUACAAAGGCCCCUCUGUGGUUCUGUUGGUGACCUUUAGCUGCUGGCCAAGGGCGCCAUGUUUCCUCAUGCCAGACUUUAGAGCCCUGAUGAACGGCUGUGGGCUCAGACGGACACAGAUGGUCCCUGUUAGCGCAGGGGUGCACAAGCCCAUUUGUGGAUCUCUUUUGGUAACCGUAAAGGACUGGUGCUUGACGGCGUCUGCUUUACAGGAGGGGCACAGCUGUGCAUUGCAGAAACACGGCCCUGCAGGCUGAAGCUUGGGGGCAGGGCAGGCCCUUUGUGAGCGCAAGGAGCUGACGCUGAGGCUGCAUUGCUGAGAGAGGCGGCAGCGGGGAGGGGGAGGAGGGUGAAUUGGAAGACACCACUGUGCCUCCGGGAGUGGCUUUAGUUGAGUUUGUGCAUCCCAAAGGGGCACAAGCUGCUGCCUCAGUAGCGCUGGUACUUGACUAGGUAAAUUUCCAGCCACGUCACUUAGGAGAGCCACGUGGGAGCCAUGAGCUCUGAGAAGGGCUGCGCCACUCCUGGCUGCUCUCCUGCAGGCCCUGUUGGAAGAGGAAGGUGGGACAUGACGAGCCCUUCCUUUCAGCCUCAGCACUAAGUCCCACGGCAGAGCGGAGCGUCUCUGCCUAGGGCUUGGAGUUGUUCAUUUCAUUCCAGGAGAAACAUUAUUGGUUCUGUCCAGGGUUCAGCAAAGCGCAGAGAAGCCUGUGGACACCUGUUGCCUUGGGUGCACUUCCCAAAGGGGUUGUCUAAGGAGGCCACAAUGUUCUGACACAGUAACUCCUAGGCAGCCUUUCCCACUUCACUUUGCCCUUCCCAACUAAUCCAAUGGAUUUGGGGACUAACUGUGACUCGCUGUCUUAUUGAAAGGACAUGACUUUAAGAUGAUUAACAGUGCAAUUUAACUCCUUUUAACUCUGGACAAGAGAAGAAAGCAAUCUCUUCCCCUCCUCCUCCCCCAUUCUCCCAGUCUUGCCUGUGAAACCCUACCAUGUGUAUCUUGAACACUAAUCGCUUCGGAUUAUAUUUUAUUUUUCUCUUCUGAACUGUUUUGUAGAUGAUUUUGAUCUUUUCUAUGUUCACACCAUUCUGCUCUCACAGAUCUCUAUGGCUUAGCAUGUGACACUCAAUACACACACAAAUACCACAGGCUGCCUUUACAAAAUGCAAAAAUACAUGCAACAAAACAGUCACAAUCAAAGUAAAACAAAACAAAAAAACACAAAAAACCCAUCCCUUGGACUAUCUCUUUUCUGAGGUACUGUUUUAACUUUGUUGAUAACAUAUUGUGCCACUAUAUUAUACAUUUGUAUCUCAGUAUUACACAC